UAUUGAAUAUAGCCAUCCAACUGUAACUGCAUACCCAGACGAAGUGCUAUUCCCCAUUGCACUCCAGCUGUACCCGAUUGCACUCCACACUGACAUAAACUCGGACUUUUGCAUAGCCUCAUCAAACAAAUUCAAAGGUGUUAAAUCACAGGAUCUUGGUGGUCAAGCGGCAUCGCAGAACCUCGAAAUUACUCGUGCUAAGAAUUUCUCGCGGAACAUAGCCAUAACUGACCGCUUUGUAUGGCAUCAAAAAUCUUAAAUUUCAGGGCAAAAAAGGCAUUACGGUGGCUCUUUCGUUAUUCUCGAAGAGCUGUGGCCCGAUGGCGCUGCCGGCUAACAAUGCACCCAUCAGUCACCUUUUGGGGACAAAAUUGCCUCUCAGUAACAUAGCUAACGAGCAUGAAAUUGGUUUCAUCGCCGAAGAAGUUUUUCUUCCCAAUGCGAGACAUCAUAGCCACUAAAAAAUUCACACUUU